CACAAAUCACAAGGAGAACCAGAAAGAGAACUAAGCAAAAUGUACAGGUUGAGCAACACAGUGAUUGGGUUCUUGAACCUCUUCACUCUUCUAGCAUCAAUACCUAUUAUUGGUAGUGGUCUAUGGAUGGCAAGGAGCAGCACAACAUGUGAAAGCUUCCUCCAGACCCCACUGUUAGUGAUUGGUUUUGUUGUGCUAAUCAUAUCUCUAGCUGGGUUCAUUGGAGCUUGUUUCAAUGUUGCUUGGGCGCUUUGGGUGUACUUAGUAGUCAUGCUGCUCCUUAUUGUAACCCUGAUGGGGUUGACUGUGUUUGGAUUUGUGGUUACAAGUCAAGGUGCUGGAGUUGAUGUGGCAGGUAGGGCUUAUAAGGAAUACCAUCUUGAGGAUUACUCACCAUGGUUGAGGAUGAGAAUUAAGGACCCCAAUUACUGGAGCAACAUUAGGAGUUGUAUUUUGGGGUCUAAGACUUGUGCAAAGCUUCUUGUUUGGACUCCUCUUGAUUAUCUUGAGAAGGACAUGUCUCCUAUACAGUCUGGUUGUUGCAAGCCACCAACAGAAUGCAACUACAACAUGGCAACAACAGUGAGUCAAGACCCGGAUUGCUACCGGUGGAACAAUUCCCCUAAUUUGUUAUGCUAAGAGUGUGAUUCAUGCAAGGCAGGAGUGCUUGAAGAUAUCAAAAGGGACUGGCACAAGCUUUCUGUGCUCAACAUUGUGAUGCUUGUCGUCCUCAUUGGAAUAUAUUCCAUUGGUUGCUGUGCUUUCCAAAACACCAAACGAGCUGAAACCGAUUACCCCUAUGGCCAGAACCGGAUGUCCAAAGUCCGGCCAAGAUGGGAUUACCACUGGUGGAGAUGGUGGCAUCACAGAAGAGAACAGCUUUACUAGUUGAAUAAAGAAAUUAUAUCUUGUUGCUAUAGGUGCUUUAAAAAUAUCCAGUUUCUUUUCCAGUGUAUGCAUGGGAUUUGGAGGUCUCAAAAGCCUUCCUUUUUCUUGCAUAUAAUUCUAAGUUUUGUACAAAGAUAUGAAUUUACUUUUGUUUCAAACAUCAUACUGGCCAGUGGCCACUACAUGUUUUCUACUUUGCUGUCAUAUACUGCCUUUUCCUUUUGACAA